CUGAAACUUGAAAGUAUCGGACUAAAGACUGAGUGAGGAUAGUAAGGUAAGGGGUUAAGGUGGAAGAAGGGAUGGAACUUCGAACCCUUUGUUGUGGUCUUACCUCUCAGCCUCUCCAAUUCUCUAAUCAUCAUCGUCGUUUAACCUCAUCACAAGCGCUUCGAACCCGCGCCCCAUUCGGAUUUCGGUUUGCAGACACAUCCAAAUGUUUGAAAUGGGUGAGUAAAGGGCCUACAUAUUUGGAAUUGGAUAGAUUCCAAAGGCCUCUUCUAAUGCACGCUUCUGAUUCAAAUGUAAAUGGUGGGUUGGAGGUUCGCCCAAACCGAAAUUCUAGUGUAGCGGUUACUAGUUAUAAUGGGAUAGAACCAUUUCGAGGUAAACCAGGCUCUGUUUCCUUCUACGGUAUUACAUUCCAGUCUGUUGAAGAAGGGAAGUUGGAAUCUGCACCCUUUGAAAAAGAGGAAAGCUCAUACUUCUGGCUUUUAGCUCCUGUUGUGCUCAUAUCCUCUUUGAUUUUGCCACAGUUCUUUAUUGGAAAUGUAGUUGAAACUUUCUUUAACGAUGUGAUCCUAGUAGAUGUUAUGAGCUCAUUCUUUGUUGAGGCCACAUUCUACAUUGGACUUGCAAUAUUUCUGCUUGUGACUGAUCGCGUCCAGAGGCCAUAUUUGGAGUAUAGCUCAAAAAGAUGGGAUCUGAUCACCGGCCUCAGAGGAUACCGCUACUCUGCUGCCUUCACAAUGGGUUUGAAGAUUGUUGUUCCUCUCGCUCUUCUGUGGAUGACUUCUCCAGUGAUUCCCAUGGCAACUGUUGUGGCUAUAACCCCCUUUUUAGUCGGCUGUGUUGCUCAAAUUGCAUUUGAGAGAUUUUUGGACAAGCGUCGGACAUCAUGCUGGCCCCUUGUCCCAAUUAUCUUCGAGUUAUUCAGACUGUAUCAGCUUACAAGGGCAGCUAAUUUUGCGGAGAGGUUGAUGUUCUCUUUGAAGGGACUUGCUUUGACACCAGAAGUGCUGGAACGAACUGGAGCUUUAUUUGCAAUGAUGGUGGUGUAUCGCAUGGUUAUGGGGUCUAUGGUGCUUCAUGCCGCUGUGAUGGAGGUGUCAAACAAAUCGGACGGAGUAAUCCGAUGGUCCAAUUACUGAAAUCGGCAGUGCACAAAUUGGACCGUCCGAUUUGCAUACCGAGGACACGUGGUGCGGAUGCAGCUCUCCCCAGCAUAUCACACUCCUUAAGCUCCGUUACACUCUCUUCCACCAUCACUUUCAC